AUGAUCGUUUUAAGAAGCAAUACAUUGGACGAUAGGGUUGAUUUAUUGGAAAGUGUUCUUCACGCUAGAGAUAUCCUUGUAAAUAGUGAUGAUGAUUAUUGGGGGUCUUCCUCUUGGGUUUGGGGAAGAUGGAUUUUAUUUGUAAUAUUUCUUGUGUUUUUAGUAGCUUCAUUAUUUUUAACAGGAAGAGUUAAUAGAAGAAGAAGGAUGAUGGGUCAGGCUCCUAUUAGAGGCACUGCGUGGUUAACACCGCCCUCAUAUAGACAAUCUGAAAGAGAUUAUAAUGCAACAACAUCGGGAACUGUUGAAGAUUAUGUACCAAAAUAUACAGAAACUAGUAAUGCCGAUGAUUUGGGUUAUUAUGAUGAAAGAGGUGAGUUCCAUGCAAAUGACAAAGCAGAAUAUUUGCCACCACCGACUUUAACUUUUGAGGUUGAUUCAGAUGAAAACUCUCAAGGACUAGAAAGACCUGGAAGAGCAUUGACUAGACAACCUUCGAAUUUUAUGCCUGAUCAGGAUAUGGAUUUGGAUUUUAGAAGAUACACUUAUUUGAACAAUAAUCAUACUAAUAAUACUUCAACGAACGCUAACACUCCAAAUACAACAGGUAAUGUCAAUAAUACAAACUCAGAAAAUGCUGAAUCAUCAUCAACUAUUGAAACAACAGUAUACCAUGAAGACGACCAAGUUAAUAAAUCCUCAAAAAGUUAG